AUGGACACCCAGGAGAUAGCAGCGGUACACUCUAUACUGCAUUUGGUAUACCAUCGGAAUAAAAACCAGCACCAACGAGCAAAGUGGUGGAAAUGGCUAGCGAUAUUGAAGCGUAGUACGGCAGAUUUGCGAUCUGUUGAUUCGGUCGCAGCAUUAGCGCGCUACCAGCAGCAUCUGGCUGCACAUUUGGUUCCCCGAUGUUACCUUGCAUUUUCUACGGUGGUCGCCGAUAAUCAGUUCUCCACGCUGGGCGUAACACUUCUGGCUGCUUUAGCACGCCUAGCCAAGGCCACUGGAGCUGACCGCAAGUUAGACGCGAAACCGCGGCUUAAAGCGAAAGCGAAAACUGGAUCUGUGCCUGUUUCAACUGAAGAUCGGGGUGAACGUAUUAGUCGUGACGAUCCUAACACGCUCCCUGUCUUGACCCAGUCACAUCAACUCUCUUCGAAGGAGAGAUCUAGUACAAAGAAAAUACACAGCGCUAAAUCUACGAAAAAGACAUCCAAACAAAAGAAAAACGUUAUAGAUGACCUUUUCAGUGGUCUUUUAUAA